UAUUCACAUUAAACCCAGUCUUCUGAUGUGCUGAACAGUUUUCUGAGAUGCUAAGUACCCUCAGCUCCCAUUAAAGUCAAAAGGAAUUGGGAGUGCUCAGCAUCUCACUCCUGGUGGGUUGACUGACCCUGAAUAGAAAUGCCAGCAGGGUACAUAACAUGAUACUUUCUGUGGGUCCAACAAAGAACGUUGGCGUAGGUCCCAUUUAGCCUUGAAAGCGCAGGCAUGUUACAGCUUGGCAGAGCAGGGGUUUUCGAAGGACUGAUUGCAAAGGAGAUUCCUGGGACGACUCUUCUUGCUAACCUAGCUGACAUUAUUGUUUUGCCUCCUGCUUCAUAGGAAACACAGAGAAUUCCCUGGACCACGUGCAGUGGGAGCACAUGCUGCUUCAGUUCCUAAGAACAUCUCUGGGGAUGAUAGACGACAGUGCCUGGAGCAGCCAGAUAAGCCUUGAGUUGAACCAGCAGAUGGCCAGCUAUACCAGCCCCUCCCGUGAAAAGAGUUUCCUGUAUAAGGCGCUAGGAACGUCCUUAGCAGUUUGUCAGGACCUGGGCCACGUUAAAUCCCAGCUUCAUCAAUUUUUGAAAGCAACAGAUUAUAUGGAAGCCCCUGAGAGACAGGUGAGGACUCUGUCCCUCUCCCCACUUUACCAAGUAACCCCUGAAUGCUUCCUGUGGGGCUCAGCUCUGAGCUGGCCUGGGACAGAUGCCAUUUCGCUUCAUAUCCUCUUCAUUGCUGUUUCACUCAGCCCCCGCUGCCCAUGGGUCUGACGCCUGACUCGCGCUUUA